AUGGAUUUAAGAGAAUAUUCAGAAUCAAUUCUAACAAACCUCAAAAACUGUGAAGAUGAAAACAUGGCAGAGAUUCUAAAUCAGCAAGAAGACCUCGCUCAUUUAUAUAUGGAAAUGUCUGCAUCCGGUAAUAUUUUGCUGAACAUUGAAGAAAUGCUUACUAAAUUUGAGAGUGGGCUAGGUAAUAUCAGCAGUGAAAUUAAGUCACUGCAAUCGCAAACUCUGAAUUUAAGUGUACAGAUGAACAACAGAAAAGACUUAGAUAAUAAGCUGAAACACUAUGUCUCACAAGUGAUGAUUGCCCCAGAGCUAACUAAUAAAUUGCUGUAUUCAGAAAUAGAUGAAGGCUAUAUUAUUUUUGUGAACCAAUUAAAAGAAAAACUUAAGUACAUUAAAUUCCAAGGGAAAAUAUAUAUAUCUAUACACAAAUAUCAACUAUUUAUCAUUAAUUUUCCUAUUUCCUAACAAAAAUAGCAUAUAGUUUUACAAGAAAAUAAUUAAUUUCUUAUAAAUAGUCUAAGAUAUCAAGACCAAGAAAUAAUACCUCCCUCUAUGAAAGACAUUAUCCCUGUCCUACGAAAUAUCUCUGACAAAGUGACCUGAAAAAUCAAAAAUUUCAUAUGAAAUUUUAUCCUUUCUAUCGUAAAACCCAGAAUUAACAUGACUUUAUUGCAAGAGAGUAUGCUUAAAUACAAAGACUUCCUGCAAUUUUUAAGAGAAAAUUCUCAAGAAAAUUACGUUGAGCUUUGUAUGAAGUACACAGAAGCAAUGUCGUCAGUCAAUUUUAGCUAUUUUAAAGCAUAUAUGGCUGGGAUAAAGAAAAAAAUAAAGGACGACUCCACAAAGCUAGACGUAAUAAUCAGCGAAAUUUCAGACCAUUCUCUAUGAAAAGUCCGUGGAUUUGAAUUAAAUAAUCGCCAUUCUAUUAUUGACUCAUUAGAAACUUUAGAACCUAUUACAAGUGACAAUAAAAAAGAGUCAUUUUACAUAGAGCGGCUAUUCCAAAGUGCCUGCAUAUCUUUAAUGAGCUCUUUUCAGGAAAGUUUUGCAUUUACUUUAGACUUUUUUGGACUUAAGCCAGAACAGUAUAAUCCAAUUUUUGGUGAUAUUUAUAUACAGACUUUUCAAAAUAUCAUUGAUACUUUUGCGUUGUUAUUUUCAAAUACAUAUGAUGUGCUAGGACUUUUAUUGGUAUUAAGAAUCAAUUCUGCCCUUGAAUAUAUAUAAAAUUUUUGAUUAAUUAAGAAUUAUCAUUUUAUGGUUUUAAAUGAAACCAUUAAGUAAAUAAUGCCAUACAUUUUUAUAAUAAAUAUAAAUUUUGUAGUAAAAAAUUCCUUUAGUCUUUCGAACUUUUAAUACAAUUGAGAAGAAAAACAUGACAGCUCUCCUAAGCUUUUUUGAGAGAGUUCGCAUGAUUUGUUGGCCUCGUCUGCAGUUUCUUCUAGAUACCAACCUUCGGGAGAUGGAAAAAGCAUACUAUCUCCGUGCCACUGAUAUCACCCUGCAUCCAUUAACGUCAAGAUUUACCCAAUUUAUUGUGUCACUACACAAAAUAUCUCCAACAGACGAUAUGUUCAGACAGCGUCUUGCUUUAUUUAAGCGAGCCUUAAUGCACUCUUUGACAAGACUCUCCCAAGACAUUUCAGAUGAGAAAAAUAGGACUGUUUUCCUUAUAAAUAAUUUGGAUUAUUUAAUUACAGAAUUUAAUGACCAAGGCUUAGUCCUUUCUGAUGAUUUUUUGCAGCUGGAAGGGGAUCUCAACAAUUUAAUUGAAAUUUUUUUAAAAAUGCAACUGAAAGAGGUUUUCGGAGCUUUAAUGGGGAUUAUAGAAAACCCUGAAAAAGCGAGUCCAGAAGAUGUAGAAACUGUGCUUAAAGAUUUUAAUAUAAACUGAAAAAAAGGGAUACAUCUGCUAGAAGUCAUAGAAAAAGACCUUUUUACAGGCAAAGAGAUCCAAAAAGACAUAUUGCGUGGCCUAUUAUUUUUUCUCAGAGAAAUUUCUAUAUUCAGCUCUAAUUUUUCAUACUCAAAAACCAUUAUUUUCUCUCCAAACAAUUUCUUAUGAGGAAAUCCUUUAUUUUUCAAAAGACCUGCUCCAUAUUGCGGCGUACUUAUACCACUUUUUUAAUGGACUACAACGACUUCGUCGAAAUCAUCAAGCGAAGCUACCUCCAUUUAUCAAACUUAUUAGUAUCCGCACGAGGAAUAAUGGCAGAAACACAGCGUUAA